UUUAUAUGUCUGGUAUUAAUAACCAGUGUCAUCAGAUUCUUGGCCGACUCCAAACGAAUCCCAGCCGAAAACCAAUGUCCCAAGCGGAAGAAGAAGAAGAAGAGGUGGGGAAGCUAGCCAUCCGGUUAGCGAGCGCUACGGUUCUUCCGUUGGUGCUGAAGUCGGCGCUUGAGCUCAACGUCAUCGACAUCGUAUGCGACGCCGGUGCCGGCGUAUUCCUCUCAUCCUCAGAGAUUGCGGCCCGGCUUCCCACCCGGAACCCCGACGCCCCAAUCCUCCUGGACCGCAUGCUUGCUCUUCUCGCCACCCACUCCAUCCUCCACUGCUCUCUCAGGACCGUCGUUAACGGGGAAGUUGAGAGAUCGUAUGGCGCCGGACCCAUCUGCAAGUUCCUCAAAAGGAACAAAGAUGGUGGAUCUGUGGCUCCGUUGUUUCUCUUGCACCAUGAUAAGAUCUUCAUGGAGAGCUGGUAUCACUUAAAUGAUGUAAUCCUAGAAGGAGGAAUUCCUUUCAACAGGGCCUAUGGAAUGACCGCAUUUGAAUACCCAGCAACAGAUCCAAGGUUCAACCGAGUGUUCAACCAGGCCAUGUCAAAUCACACAACCUUGAUCAUGAAAAAGAUACUUGACGCUUACAGAGGGUUUGAAGAACUCAAGGUGCUGGUUGAUGUGGGUGGAGGCAUUGGAGUUACCCUUAACCUCAUAACUUCCAAGUAUCCCCACAUUAAGGGCAUUAAUUUUGACUUGCCUCAUGUUUUAGUAGAUGCACCCUCAUAUCCAGGUGUAGAGCAUGUUGGUGGAGAUAUGUUCGUAAGUGUUCCAAAAGGAGAUGCUAUUUUCAUGAAGUGGAUACUUCACGAUUGGAGCGAUGAGCUUUGCUUGACACUUCUCAAAAACUGUUGGAAAGCUCUUCCUGACUCGGGAAAGAACCACUACGAGGUUCGUGGGAUGAUUCUUUACAAAUUAACCGGAGCAGAUCGUUGAGUUGGAGUUCCAGGGUACCACUCCAAAAAUGAGGAAUCAAACGGUAGAAAGCCCAAGUUCAAGCAAAUGAAAUAAGAAAGUGGUUCAAAGCUAAGCUCAAAGGAUGUUAAAGUUCAAAGAUUGACAUAUUCUCUGAAAGCUUAAAGUUUGACAAAAUAUUAUGAAGUUCAAAGUAUGUUUAAAGCUCAAAUAAAGGACUCAAAGUAAGGACAUGCAUGAAAACUCCAAGAGUUGAAGAAUAUAGAGUUUUAAGGAAGUUUUCAUGUAAGUACUUCAAGUAAAACUCAAUAUAAAAAGUAUUGAAGCUCUUUAAGGACAAAUUAAAAAUCUUAAGAAACCAUUUUUAAAGACCUUGAAAUAUAAUUUCCAAAGUUAUAAAUAAUGAAGGUCUCAAAUGAAUAGAGUUUUCAAAGUCAAAUCUUUAAAAACCAAUAUUUUUGAAAGCUCAGUCGCCUGCCCAACAUUCUCAGGCAACUGACCAUUUUUGUGUUUUUUAAGAACAGGCAGACAGAAAGGUGUUAGGCGCCUGAUGGUAGCCUAAGAGGCAUCUGCCUUGUCAUCUGAGGUGCCUGCCUAUGUUUUGACAGGCAACUACAUGUAUUCUGAUUUUCAAAAAUAACUAAGACAGGCGCCUGACUAGUCGUGCUAGGCGAUUGCCACUCGAGGGAAUUUUAAAUAUUGCCAACGGGAAAAUUUUUAAAAUUGGUUUCUUGGGUUCCAAUCUUUUUGUAAACUUGACCAACACUCCAAAUAAACUUGGGGAGUAAGGAAUUAACUUUUUAAACUCUAUAAAUGGCCCCCAAGACUAGGAUUUUAAUCACCAAAAAAAAAAUUCAGCAAUCUAAUACUCUCAAGUGCUUUCAACUCUCAAAGGCUUUCUUGCACACAUCUUGCUACUUACUCAACUGAGUUGUUGCUAAUCAUCUCACAUGAAAUUAUGCUUUAAAGUCUGAAUCUUUCGAUCAAAGGAAGAUUAAUCCAAUGAUAGAAUUUCAUUGAGCUUCAAUUUCUUUAUAUUGAAUUUACAUUGAAGUAUAUUAUACUGAUUGUUGUACUAACCUACUCUAUUUGAGAGUGUAUCUUGUACACAAGUUCUCUUCUUUUUGUUUCUUGUUUCUUGAUGGUUUAGGGUUGUUGGAUCGUUGUAACCAAGCAUGAGGUAUUGCUUGGAGAGGGAUCUCUACCUGUAAAAGAGGGAAUUGUAAAAGGUUUGCUCCACCCAGAAAGGAUUGUCUAGUGGAAUACUUUGGUGAUAUUGGCCAAAGGCGAGAACAUAGGUUGGGGAUAAGCCAAACCUCGUAAAAAUCUCGAUAUUCUUCUUUCCCUACUCUUUAUUUUCAACACCUUUAUAUGUUGUAUUGUAUUGUAUGCUAAGUGCAAGCUGCAGAGAAGAAAAGUAAAAUUAAAAAGAAGACUCUUAAUAAAAAGAAACUAUGUUUUGAUUAACACUUUGCGAAAA